GGCUCCAGAGAACAUCACAACAAUGAGGACUUCAUUGAUCGGGUUGCUGGUGGCAAUCCUUUGCGUGGGGAAAGUGCACUCCCUCUGGUGCUACAGCUGUGAAAAUGUACCUUCUGAAUGGACCUGCACGAACGCGGUUCAGUGCGCAGAGUCAAACAUGUACUGUUUCUCAAACGAUAUCACUACAAGAAAAGGUGAGAACAGCGCUUACAAGUUCUCCAAGGGAUGUUCUACCAAUUGCACUGCGUCCAGCCUGAACACGGGACGAACCUUCCACUCUACCACAUGCUGCACUUUCGACUACUGCAAUUCUAGGGGUCAGCUUCUGGGAAACAAGUAGGACUAG